AUGGCCGCCGCCUUCCGACCGGUCAACCCCAACCUCGUCGCCGAGACCAUCCCCGAAGACGCUAUGACGCCAUCCACGUCGGCGACUCCUCGACCCAACACCGCUCCUCACCAUCACCACUCUGCCAUGCCUCCUGACGACGCGAAGACGCCGACGAGAGCGACCUUUGGCAGCGCCGCGCACGGCCAGAGGCCGCUACCCUCAAGUCCUUUUCCGCAAGGCGUGCAGAUGCCUGAACCCUCGGACCAACCGAAGCGUGCAGACUCUCAGCACUCGGCCAAGAACUCGUCAAGGAGGGAGUCGAUGGACGUCGACAUGGACGACUCAGACGGCGAGGGACAGCAGGACGACGGUGGAUCCGACGACGAGAGCGUCAAUGCUGACGGCACCAAGUCUAACAAGAAGAAGAAGUCGCAACGCUUUUACUGCACCGACUUUCCACCGUGCAACCUGAGUUUUACAAGAAGCGAGCACCUGGCACGACACAUUCGAAAACACACAGGCGAGCGGCCUUUUCAGUGCCAUUGCUCGCGAAGGUUCUCGCGGCUCGACAACCUUCGGCAGCAUGCGCAGACGGUUCACGUAAACGAGGACAUACCCAUCGACUCGCUCGCCGCCACAGGGUCACGAUUCCAGCGCCAAAUACGAACCGAUCGGGUGAGACAGGCCGGCAACCGAGCUCGGGCGUCCACCGGAGGCAGCGCGGGAGGUCCUCCUCGUGGCCACUCCAAGUCUCUCUCUACAUCCAGCAUCGCGAGCAUCAGCUCUGUCGGCUCGAACUACGGACCCCCUCAGACGGACGCCCGACGACGUCCACCACCAUUGGUAAUGGCUGCAGACCCGCGAUCCAGACUAUCCCUUGAAUCCUACCGCAGCGCCGCCGACAGUACAUUCUCGUAUCGCCCACCGUCCCCCGGCGACUUCAGCACACCAACGUCUGCGACCUUUUCGACGGCACAGAGCAGCCCCCGAUGGGCUUCGGGCAUGGCGUCACCCACCACGUCCCACUCAAGGUCGCAUAGCAUGUACUCGGCGGGAAGCAGGACGCCCGGUCGACGUCUUAGCGUGCCGUCGGGAGCCAACCCGUUCAGCGCAGUGCCUCAGCAGGCCCCUGGGCGCCCCAUGUUCGGCCCUGGCCUCGUCAAUAGCUCACACCCCGGCGCCUUCGCCCCGUCGAACGGCAGCAUGGUCGCGUCGCCCACGGCGUCCUCAUCGGGCUGGUCAGGUCGCCGCGAUUCGACGUCAAGCGUCUCGGACGAAGCGUGGCGGAGACGCACCUGGCACCCCGACAGCCGCAGUUACAGCGUGCAGAAUAACCAGCUCAGCGCCGUCGGCAGCCAGUCGGUCCGCCCGAAUCCCGCACCGCCCAUCGCGAACCCGUCCAACGCGCAGUCGUCCCUUCGCCUUCCCGGGAUCGAGUCCUUCGAUCCCCUGCCUCGCCGGAACCCCUCGCCCAUGGCUGUCGACCCCGAUGCCUCCCACCGCGCGACGUACCCGCCCCCGCAGGAGCCGAUGCAGGUGGAUGAACGCCGAAACCUGAACAUGUACGAUGCCAGCCUGCAGCGCGGCCUCACCCGCCUCGACAUCGGGCACAAGACGCCUCCCCGGGACAGCGCCGGCGCUUGGGCGUCCGACGCGAACCGGGCUGUUCAAGCUCAGGCAGAGCAGGCGCGCCAGAGCGCGCCCACUGUUCGCUUCGAGGACCAGGUGCCUCCCUCGCGGCAGCAGCAUGCCCCGCCCCAUCUCGCCGGGCGGUCUCUCCACCAGCAAGCCAUGUCGGCCCCGUCCGUGGCCACGCCGCGCGAGAAUAAGCGGCACGGCUGGUACCACGGCCCCAUGGGCCCUCAAGGCGGACCGCCGGCCCCGUCCCAGGACCCCAGAGUCGCCCACGUUGACCGCAUGGUGCACCCCAAUAUGAACGGCUUCAGCGGGUUUCCCGCGCGGGAGCAGCAGCCUCAGCAACCCCAACAGCAGGAGCGCUCGGCUAACGCUGACCCUCUUCGACGAUUGGAGGCGUUGGUGGCUGUCGCCACGAGCGAGGGAUCCACGGCCACGGCCUACUAG